GGCGUUUAGUUUUUGUUCAUUCUACAUUAUGACCUCGAAUGUUUUCAUCGAGAGUUCAUUUGUUGAAUAUCUGUCAACAAAAAAAAGGGAACAUUGCUGGUUUUAUCUGGGAUAAAAUAAGUUUAAGUGCAGUAACAUUCCGAAAAAUGUCCAGUUUCAACCAGGAAUUCAAGGAGCGAUUCUUUAGAGGGGCCGCUUCGGGGGAAAUUGAUGACGUCAGACUGUAUAUUAAAGGUAAUGUAGACCUUAACGAACGGAACGAGCGCGGCUGGACGGCCCUGAUGUUUGCCGCGCGCAACGGACACUUGCAUGUUGUCAGGGAGCUCGUGCAGCACGGGUACGGAGUGGUGGUUAACAGGGAUAAUGUGCAACCAGACUGUGACACGUCAGUGAUCAACAGUACCGGUCAGACAGCGCUAGAUAUCGCUCUCUUCUGGAACCAUGGAGACGUGGCGCGUCAUCUACAGGCGGGGCAACGUUACCUGCAUCCGGAUGACAACUUCCGCAACUACUUUUCGCUAAACACGCUCAACAGGUGUUCCGAUAAACGGAAGGACCGAGGAUGGUUGGCAAAUAAAAUUAACGACGCAAACACGCGUUUCGUAGUCUUUCGUAAUUUGGAAGUUUUGGCGACAAAAUUGCCGAAGAGUUCUAGUAUGUAUCGCUACGAACUAGGGAAAAUAGAAAUGAAACCCAUAGAGACCAUAUUAGCUUGUAAUCCUGUUACAAUAUUUUUGGGUCUCGUUCAAGAAAAUAGACAGGUGCCUUUGACUUUUAAAGAACCGGCCCUUUUCGCCGUCGAUCUAUCCACUAUGUCGGAGGAGGAUGUCCGUGCCCUGUCACCCGGAAGUGAGCUUUUGCCUGGGUAUCCGGCUGCAAUGCAGCUUCUUCCAGCGGAAGCCGGUAUAUUCGCGGAGGCGCGCUCGAUGCUGGCGUGGCACGAUCGCUACCAGUUCUGUCCCACGUGCGGCUCAAGCACGCGAUUAGAGGAGGGAGGCUACAAGCGUGAAUGCGCGAAUUUGGAGUGCCGCAGUCACAAAGGUGUACACAACACGUGUUAUCCUCGCACGGACCCGUCCGCCAUCAUGCUCGUCGUGUCACCAGACGACAAGAGGUGUCUCCUGGGAAGGUCGCAACGUUUUCCCGCCAAAAUGUACUCCUGUCUCGCGGGAUUCAUGGAACCAGGUGAGACGCUAGAGGACGCCGUAAGACGGGAAGUAGAAGAGGAGAGCGGGGUAAUUGUCGACCGGGUGGAGUACCACAGCAGCCAGCCUUGGCCCUUCCCCGCGUCUCUCAUGCUCGGCUGUAUCGCGCAUGCCACCACGGAGACGGUCAAGAUCGACGAAACCGAGUUAGAAGACGCUCGCUGGUUCAACCGACCGGAAGUGGUUCAGAUGCUCACGCGGCAGCACCCUCAAGGCCUCUUCGUUCCGCCGGAACAGGCGGUUGCACAUCAGAUCAUUAAGACGUGGGUCAGACGAACCGCAAACCUCUGAGCAUUAUAAUUAUUAAUUUACAUCUAGUGUUCUACCAGUUAACAUUAUACACACAUUUAUAGGGUUUUGGCAACAAUGGGUAACCGGUCUUCGAAUAAAAACAGAGAGUUCUGUAGAUUGAAAAAUGGAAAAAAACGUUUGACUCAAAAGUCCUGGAGGUUACGAAAUCCAAGACAGCGUAAGAUAACAUAAGAUAAAUAUGACUCAAUUUGAACAAUUACUUUUAUUAGCUGGCGGUUUGCUAUUUUAUUGUCUUAACUGUCUUAAAUCUUAAUGCACAUGUAUAAGUAUUUAAUAUUUAUUUAAUGUUAACAUUUUUAAAUUAAGAGUUAUAAAAAAAUUCUGUUCACGUAU